UGAUCAGCUGCUUUGUAUUUUAACAACAAACCACAUAUUUGACCGCGUUAAGAUUUUCUGCAUCUUGCUAUGGUUGACAAGGAGCAGGAUUUUAACGAGUUGCUUGACGGCAUUGUUCUAGCAGAGGAAAAUCUUAAUCUUGAGGGCUACGAAGAGGGUUUGGAGGUGGGGCGCGCCCAAGGUGUUCAAGAAGGUUAUCAGCUCGGGUAUGCGCAAGGCCUACAGCUAGGCAAAGAGCUAGCUGAGAUUUAUGUCGCGGUAGUGGCACAACAAACACAAGCUCAUACGGAGAAAGUACAACAAGCGCUCCAGCAAUUGCGAAAGAGCAUAGACGACUUUCCACGUGAUAAUAAUCCAGAAGCGGAUAUAAUUGGAACGGUGGAGAGCAUACGCAAUCAGUAUAAACGUGUGCGAGUCUUGACUGCGGGUAAAGUUGGGAAGUUUGCGAAAAAGGUGGAAAAUAGUGGAAGUAGCAGUGUGACGGUGGACAAGGGCAAAGAUUUAUCUUUUUAA